UUUUAUCUCGAGUUUCCAUUGAAAUUUCAUUCAGCUUUUGCUUUGCUUUUAUUAUUCUUUUACUAGCUAGUUACAAUGGAGACCAAGUCUCGCACUCUGGAGAUCACAAUAUUGUCUGCAGAAGACCUGAGGAUCCACAACAAACCGGUCAAGAAGAACGCCUUCGUGGUCGUUUCGACCGACGCUUUCAACAACAAGGCGACCAAGAUCGACAGAGAAGGCGGGAGCUACCCUACUUGGAACGAAAAACUGGUGAUGGAAAUGCCAAUGCAAACACGCUUCAUUACCUUUCAAGUCAAAAGUUGCAAGGGCUCUUCGGGAGGUGGAAAAACCGUGGGGUUUGCGAGAAUUCCGGUGACGGAUUUCAUCGGAGGGUACUCGCCGGAGAGUUGUUUGCGGUAUUUGAGUUAUCGGCUAAUGGAUCCCAAGGGGUUGAAGAAUGGGAUUAUUAAUGUCUACUUGAGAUUAAAAGAACCUUUUCAUGAUUGUUCUUCUCAGGCUGCUGCUUCAGCUGGAAGUAUUGGGAUGGGAAUUCCCAUUGAUGGACCAAGAGAUUUUGCUGUGGUUACUGGGAUUCCAUUAUGGACUGCUUAUCCAUCUAAUGCUUUGUUUACAUGAUUUGGUUUUUGGAGU